AUGAAAAACUAUCACUUAAAAACGACAUACCGUUUUCUGAAUAAGAUCACCCUACAUGGAUGUGUAUUGCUUUUUCUUUGUUACGUUAUUCGAUUCACUUCGGCUACUGUUGUUCUAAAACCCUUCUUCUUUUCCUUUCCGGACCUUCCCGCCAAAUUUGCUGUUGGAGUCCAUAGGUCUGGCAUAUGUGGAGCUUUGCAUGUGGCGAAUCCUUUGGACUCUUGUUCUUCGCUGCGUAAUCCUUUUGGGUUCAACGAAACUGAGCAAGUGAGAAUGGCUUUGAUUGUAAGAGGUGAAUGCCCUUUUGAGAACAAAAUUCGAAAUGCUCAAAAUGGGGGAUUUGAUGCUGCAAUUGUAUUUGACGAUAGAGAUAAGAGGAAUUUGGUUUACAUGAUGAUGGACCCUGAUGGCAUCCAAGUGCAUGAUGUUUUUGUUUCUAAGGCAGCUGGUGAAAUUUUAAAGGAGCAUGCUCGAGGCGAAGAUGCUGAAUGCUGCAUUUACCUGUCUCAUAGUGAUACAGCAUGGACUAUUUUAGCAAUAUCGUUUCUUUCUCUUCUUGUUCUAUUAGCUUUCCUCAUAAUAGCCUUUGUCGUGCCCAGACACUGGCUACAUUGGCAGCGAACAAACUAUCACUUCAGAAGUGUGGAUGUGAGGAUGCUUCCAGGCCUUCCCCUCUUCUCAUUCCACUCCGCUCAUUUGAAUUGUAAUCACAAUGGAGAAACUUGUGCCAUUUGCCUUGAGGAUUACAAAGAUGGGGAAAUUCUUAAAGUUCUCCCUUGCCAACAUGAAUUUCACUCAAGCUGUGUGGACUCAUGGCUGAGUAAAUGGGGGACAUCCUGCCCAGUGUGCAAGCUUGAUAUGAAAACCCAAUUUGUAUAUUCUGAGGAGCAAUUCCUGAAAGAUUCUUUGGUGCUUCAAGCUAAUGGCAGGUGGUUUUCAUUGUGUCCUAUUCCUAUAUUGGUUGGAAAGAGAAGUUGUAGAUAUUCUCGAUUGCCUAUAAUUAGCACACUGUCCACUAUUUUCAGUGCUCUUUUAAAACCAAAUAGGUGCAACAAACAGCUGCAGCUGCUGUUGAUCAGCUCAGACUUCUAUAUAUCAGCAGCUAGUUUUCACAGGCAAACGCAUCAGACAGCCGCCAGAUCUGGAAAAAAAAAAGUCCCCCAGGUCAACAAUUCAACUUGUGUUGGUAUAAAACGCCAAUUCAUCUUCAUGGGCUCUCUGGAUAAAAGCUUAGAAGCUGAAGUCGUCACUGUUGAUGUUAAGGCAGCCAAGGUUUUUCUUGAGUCUGGCUACGUUUAUCUAGAUGUUAGGACGGUGGAAGAGUUCAAGAAAGGACAUGUGCAUGCAGAGAAGAUAUUCAACAUUCCUUACAUGUUCAACGCUCCAGAAGGUAGGGUGAAAAAUCCAAAAUUCUUGAAUGAGGUUUCAGCCGUUUGCAAGGAGGAAGAUCAUCUUGUUGUGGGCUGUCAAAGUGGAGUCAGAUCCCUAUAUGCAGCUGCUGAUCUUCUUAGUGCUGGUUUCAAGGAUGCGAGCAACAUGGGAGGAGGUUAUCUUGCUUGGGUGCAGAACGAGUUUCCCCUAAAGGUAGAAGAGGGGAAAAAACUGAACUCUGAUCUAUUAUAGGUUUACCAUGGUCUACCAAUAUUUGCUUUGGCUAAAUAUUAUAUCCACAUAUGUCUAGAUAAGCACAGAUUUCUGUCUUUUAUAUUUAAUCAAUCCUGAAUCCUGUUCUGCAUAUAUUGGCAAAACAGGUUCAAAUGCAACUUCCAUUGCACA